UACAGAGAUGCGCGUUACUAGUAAGGCACAGAGAAGAUCUUAAGAUACUGAUUCCGUUGAGUAUGGUAUAGUGAAUAACGGGCUCGCUCACACCUGACGUGCGCAAUAGUAGCCGAAGGGAACAGGCUACCGGUGAACGCAAGGGUCUAGCAACCAAGGGGGAUGAGAUUUUAAGAUCGUUUCCUAUGGAUUUAAUGCUUAUUCUGUUAUCUUAAACAAGCGUUUUUGGACCUCUUACGGUUGGGAUCAGAUUGGAUACAUCUGCAUACAAAUUGGAUUUGAGUGAACAACGGAUGCUCACAGACAGCGGCGGAGCGCGUUCAGAUGAAUGUGUGAAGAAAUCUCGACACUAUGGCGCUGUUUAAUGGCUUCGGGACAAACAGAUGUGGACAGUUUCGAAUGUGGGAAUUCUGCAAGCUAAGGAUGCUUCUGGUGAUUUGCGUAGUGUUGGAACUGGUACUGGUCAAAGGAGAUGAGACAGCUGGCAUUUUGGAGCUCCAGUUGGAUGAGGAGCAGCCUGCUGGGACAAUAGUGGGCGACAUUAGUGCUGGUCUACCACCCGGAGUUGUUGCUUCUCUCUACUUUAUAUCUGAUCACGAGGGCACUGGCAUUGGUGAUCUUCACAUCGAUGAAACCACAGGAAUCAUCAAGACUGCCAGGCGGCUUGAUCGAGAGAACAGGGACCAUUACAGCUUCAUAGCCGUCACUAUGACGGGUCUCACGGUCAAGGUCUCCAUCACUGUAAACGAUAUCAAUGACCAUGCCCCCACAUUCUCCAAGAAGAAAGGCACUCUGAAGAUCCCAGAGCAAACAGCAGUGGGGACAAAGUUCUCGCUUGACCCAGCAGCCGAUGCGGAUAAGGAUCAGCUUACCGUACAAGGGUAUCAGAUCAAAGAUGGGAAUGUGGGACAAGUGUUCCGGCUUGAGACCAAAAGGGCGGCCAACAAAGUCCUUUACCUUGAUUUGGUGGUCAGUGGCGUCUUGGAUAGAGAGAAGAGGUCCUCCUACUCUUUGGUGUUGGAAGCUUUCGAUGGUGGUUCUCCAAGGAAGACCGGUCAGAUGACGCUCGACGUGCUAGUUCAGGAUAUCAAUGACCACGCUCCUGUUUUUAACCAAAGUCGGUACCAUGCUAUUAUCUCAGAGAGCCUACCUCAGGGCAGCAACAUCUUGCAGGUUUUCGCAACGGAUGCCGAUGAAGGAGAUAAUGGUCUCGUGCUGUACGAGAUAAACCGACGCCAGAGCGACCCGGAUCGCUACUUUGUCAUUGACCCUCGCUCUGGGGUCAUCACGCUUAAUAAGCCGCUGGACUAUGAGGUGAGGAAAGUUCAUGAACUGGUAGUGCAAGCGAGAGAUAACGCAAGCCAUCCAGAGAUUACCAAUGCCUUCGUCACGAUCCAUGUACGAGACUUCAACGAUAAUCAACCAACCAUGACCAUCAUCUUUCUAAGCGAGGACGGUUCACCUCAAAUCUCCGAAGGCGCUCAGCCGGGUCAGUACGUUGCUCGAAUCUCUGUCACCGACCCCGAUUACGGAGAGUACUCGAACGUUAACGUGUCUCUUGAAGGGGGGGAUGGGAAAUUUGCCUUGACAACUAAAGACAGUAUCAUCUACCUCAUUUACGUGGACCAGUUUCUGGACCGUGAAGAAAGGGAUUCUUACGAGCUUCAUGUCAUGGCAACUGAUUCUGGAACCCCGCCACUUCGAGCCGAGUCUUCGUUUACUAUUCAUAUCACUGACGAAAAUGACAACCCGCCCCUCUUUGAUCAACAGGCUUACAAGCAGACCAUACCAGAAGUUGUCUAUCCGGGAAGCUUUGUGUUGCAAGUGACGGCGAGAGACAAAGAUCAAGGUCCCAACGGCGAUGUGCGUUAUAGCAUCCUGCCUGACAAAAAGACACAUGCCAGUUGGUUCUCCAUUGACCCCGUGACAGGUAUCAUAACCACGGCGACCCAGCUGGAUUAUGAGACGGACCCAAAACCGAGGAUCAAGGUGGUGGCCACAGAUGGAGGAAGUCUGCCACUGUCCUCCACUGCUCUGGUAGAAAUUGAUCUGCAGGAUAGUAACGAUAACGCACCUUUUUUUGAAAGCAGCUUCUACAACGUUUCUAUCAAGGAGAACACCGCAGCAGGGACCUGCUUUCUUGAGGUUAAAGCAGAUGAUGGAGAUGGUGGGUCAUUUGGGGCUAUUACAUACUCUAUUGGAUCGGGACCUGGUAGUGCUGCGCCCAGCCAGUUCACCAUUAAUAAGGAGACGGGACAGAUCUGUACCAGUGUGGCUCUUGACCGAGAUGAAGGAUCGGACAGUUUCGACUUCAUCAUCAUUGCAUCUGAUGGGGGAGGUCUUACCUCAUCUGCCGGUGUGAAGGUGUCAUUGGUGGACAUUAAUGAUAACAGACCUACAUUCUACCCUGUGAACUACGCCGUCAGCCUGAGCACACAGAGCACGCCUGGGACCUCCGUUGUCAGGGUAACGGCCCACGACCCAGAUGCCGGUGCGAAUGGCAAAGUGACAUUUCACACUGUCCCCGGGAGUGGAUCCAAUUUCUUUACUCUCAACAAAGACACGGGUGUGAUUUCUCUAUCACGCUCCCUCCACGGAAAGGCCAACUCUGUCAUCACCAUGGUAAUCACAGCACGGGACGGAGGUGGCCUGACUGCGCCUGUCAAUGCCAGGGUGAACAUCAGUGUCGUGGCCGGCUCAGUGGCGCCCCCGGUGUUCGAACAAGCUCACUACUUCUUCACCGUGUCCGAGGACGUGCUCCGGGGUACCGAGGUCGGCAUAGUGCGGGCCAGCACCAGGAAUAGUGUAUCUAAGGAUGUCACCUACUCCAUCUCUGCUGGAGAUCCAGAUGGUUAUUUCACUGUUGAUUCGGAGACUGGAGCACUCAGAACAAGCCUCCCUUUGGACCACGAGACCCGACCUUCCUUCGACUUGGAGAUUCAAGCGCGCAGUGGCUCCCCUCCUGCUUUCGGGGAGUCUCGUGUCCGGAUAACCAUUGCCGAUGUGAAUGAUAAUGCCCCUGUAUUUUCCCCGUCAUCCUCAGAGUCGCUGCUGCUUCCAGAGGCCACCAAGAUGGGCACCGUUGUGUACCGCGUGCAAGCGGAAGACAGUGACUCGGGCCCUAACGGGCAGCUUAGCUUCGACCUGAUGUCUGCUGGAGGUCAGCGCACGUUCGGGGUGGAUCGCAGCAGCGGUGAGAUCCGUCUCAUCGGGACUUUGUCGUAUGACAGCGUACCCCGCUAUGACCUCCAAGUGAUCGCAAAAGACAGCGGGGCACCCCAACUUAGCGCUACCUUCACUCUCGUAGUCCACAUCCAGGCGGAGAACGCCCAGGGUCCUGUGUUUGACACCAUGACCUAUCGUGUGGAGCUCAAAGAGAACUCUCCGCUCAACACUCGUUUCCUGCAGGUCCGCGCUCUCAAUAGAGAUCCCACCGGAAAUGGAGGCUCCUCCAAAGAUUCCACACAAUCUGCCCAGCUGUCAUACCGGCUCCGGCCAGACGGGGAUGCGGCCGGGUUUGGAAUCGCUCCUGACAGCGGUUGGCUGUUUGUUAAGAGUGCUUUGGACCGAGAAGCCAAAGAUAUCUACCUGCUAACCGUGCUUGCAACUUCAGGAAGUGGCCAGAUGAGUAAAACAGGAAGCGCCACGGUAAGAGUUUCAGUGACGGAUGAGAACGAUAAUUCACCACGUUUCUCUCAGGAGAGGGUGUUUUUGGCGGUUAGAGAGAACUUGCCAGCUGGAACGGGUUUCGGGAGAGUUUCGGCUACUGACCAUGAUGCUGGCCUCAACAGCCGGCUUACGUACAGGCUGCUCCAUUCGGACCGUCACUUCCAGAUCAAUUCCCAGACGGGUGAGAUCAGCACCGGAGCACCUUUGGACCGUGAGCACCAGUCCAGUUAUCAACUAAUCGUUGUGGUUCAGGACGGUGGGACACCCCCACGCAGUGCUACAGGAACAGCCCAUAUCACGGUGCUGGAUGAAAACGACAACGCUCCGGCGUUCAGUCACACACAGCCUGGCAGAGAGAUCCUCAUUCAGGUUCAAGAAGGCCUUCCUGCAGGAUCUGUAAUAGGAACGUUGCACGCCAAGGACCCAGAUGAAGGAGAGAACGGCACUAUUUUCUACUCAUUGUUAGGCUCCAGAGCGGAACGUUUCUCCUUGAACUUGAACACUGGCGAGCUGAGCACCUCUUCCCCCCUGAUUCGAGCAGAAAAAGCGGAAUACAGCUUCACCGUGACUGCCUCAGACCACGGAGCACCAUCUCAGACUUCCUCCACCGCCUUACUUAUACAAGUUAUUAGCUCUACAAGGACCCCUCCAAAACCUAACUCUCUCUCCAUGACCCUCAACUCAUUGGAAGGAGCUAAGCCAGGCUCUGUUAUUGGUUCAGUUCGGUCACAUGACCAACGUGAAGUAACAGUCAAUGGUCAGGUGACCUACCUGGUAGUGGGAGGCUCGGAGCACGAUGGCACUUUUAUGGUAGACCGUCUCACAGGAGAUGUAUACUUGGCUAGAGAGCUGGACUAUGAAAAGGGGGCUCGAUAUACCUUACAAAUCGAGGUGGAUGACUUCUCAAAGGCCUUUCCGAGCAGUCACAUAGUUAAUUUGGAAAUCAACGUGCAGGACAGUAAUGACCACGCUCCACAGUUUCCAGAAGACCCGGUCACUAUCGUCAUUCCUGAGAACGUUCAAGCAGGUUCCUCUAUUUACACGUUCCAGGCUUCUGAUAAAGAUGGCAGUGGUCCUAACAGUGAGAUACGCUAUUCCAUCCUACAGCGUUGGCCGGAUAACCCCGAUCUCUUCAGUCUUGACCCGAUCACAGGAGUCUUGAAACUUGGCCGAGAGUUGGAUCAUGAAGAGACCUCCAGCCUUUUCCUGGUUGUCCAUGCAACAGAUUCAGCCGUGGACCUGACUCAAAGGCUCUGGGGAUCCGUGACGGCACGGGUGUUUGUUACCGAUGAGAACGACAACACUCCCAUCUUCAGCUCCCCCACAGCUGUGAGCGUGAUGGAGGACCAGCCUGUAGGCUUUGUGCUUCUAUACGUCAUGGCCCGGGAUGCUGACCAAGGCGAAAAUGGACGGGUGUCCUACAGGAUCCAGUCAGGCAACACAGCAGGACGAUUCAGCCUCAGCCCCAACAGCGGCUCUCUUUCCAUCCUGAAACCUCUGGAUCGUGAGGAGCAGGAGAGCUACAAUCUCACUAUUGUUGCUGAGGAUCAUGGGAUACCCCAACAUUCCACCACUCAGGUGCUGUGUGUCCAGGUGAUUGAUGUGAACGAUGAGGCUCCGUGGUUUGAAAGCAGUGAGUUUGAAGCUGAAAUCAGAGAAAACCAACCAGCAGGAACGUCUAUCCUCAAGGUCUCGGCCUCGGACCGUGAUCAUGGCACUAAUGGUUUGGUGAUUUAUGGUGGUGUAACCGAGGAUGGAUUCACAAUCAAUCCAGAGACGGGUGUAAUAUCCGCCACUCAGGUUCUAGACAGAGAACUUCAGGACCAAUACACAAUAACCGUGUAUGCAAAAGAUGCUGGGAUACCUCCUAACUUUGCCAAGGCUAAAGUUCACAUCACGGUGCAGGAUGAGAAUGAUAAUGCGCCAGCUUUCGGAAGGGAGCACUUAAGUCUGGAGGUGCCUGAAAACCUGGAGCUCGUGGAGCUGUUCACCCUUAAAGCCACCGACCAGGAUACUGGAGAGAGUGGAAGACUGAAAUAUAAGAUCACAGCUGGAGACCCAGAUGGUGACUUCCAACUUAACACUGCCUCUGGAGCUCUGUCUACCUCCAGACCUCUGGACCGGGAGAGGAAGAGCAGUUACAUCUUGGAGGUGGUGGCCCAGGAUCACGGUAGCUCCACUCUGAGCAGCACAGUCACUGUGGAGAUCUCUGUCCUUGACGUCAACGACAACAGCCCCAAGUUCAGUAGCAGUAGCUACACCAUCGACGUCUCGGAGGAUGCUGCUGUAGGUUCAGUGGUGCUAGAUGUGACGGCCACAGAUGUGGAUGAGGGUGAGAAUGGUCAGAUCUUGUAUUUCCUAAGCCAAGAAGCCAAAGGUGCAUUCACAGUAGACCCAGACAGUGGAAGAAUCACUACCACCGCACCUCUGGACAGGGAGAAAAGAGCUUCCUACACCUUUCAUGUUUAUGCGGUUGACCUUUCACCCGCUGCCCCUCGCAACGCCACAGCUCAAGUGACGGCUACCAUCCUGGACAUCAACGAUAAUGCCCCUUUCUUCAUCCAGGACCCACUGAUCAUUAAUGUUUCCAGUGGAAGUGUGUCCACACAUCAGGUGGUGGCCACCAUGAGAGCAGAAGAUAAGGAUUUUGGAGCCAACGGGUCGGUGUUCUACCGGUUCGCUAUGCCGGUCCAAGGAUUUGCCAUUAACUCAUUAACAGGAGAGAUCCAGACCACAGAAAAGCUGCAGAGCCUGACGCAAACCCAGCGUACCCUCAUCGUGGAGGCUAUGGACCAGGGCAGCCCUCCUCAGUCUUCUCUAGGGGUGGUUGUUAUUUAUGUGAAGGAACAAGACUACAGGGGCAUUAGGUUCUCUCGAACUGCCAGAGAUGUUACUAUCCAGGAGAAUGCAGCUAAAGGCACAGCUGUUGCUCAGGCUCAAGCCCAGCAUCCUGACGGCAACCGGAACGGCAUCACUUACACCAUCUUCAGUGGGAACAAAUACAAGUCCUUCAGUAUCAGCUCCAGUACAGGUGAAAUCUGGGUAGACAGCUCCAACGGACUGGAUUUUGAGGACACCCCGAGACUCCGCCUUGUGGUGAAAGCAGAAACUACAUCCUCAAGCUCCUUCACAGCAGUCAAUCUCAUCCUUCAGGACGUCAAUGACAACCUUCCACGAUUCCAGCUGCAGAACUAUGUGGCUUUUUUGCAUGAAGCGCAAGGCUAUGAUUUUCCCAUCAUUCAGGUUGUGGCGGAGGACGUUGACCAGGGUCAGAACGGUCAGGUGACGUACAGUAUUGAGUCUUCCAGUCAAAGUGGUCUGUUUAAGAUUGAUCCUGUGACCGGCAGCAUCACCACAGCAGCCAUCAUGGACCGGGAGAUCUGGACACAAGCGAAGCUGGUGAUAAAAGCCACAGAUCGUGGAAGCCCCAAGUUAGUUGGCACUGCCACCAUCACAGUCAUUAUUGUGGACCUCAACGACAACAGUCCCACAAUCCCAAUACCACGAGAAGUUAGAAUUCCAGAAAACUCUCUUAUUGGCACUGAAAUCACACUGGUGACUGGAAAUGAUGUGGAUUCUGGCCCGGUCCUGUCCUAUUCUUUGCAGCUGGAUGCGUCAUCGCAGGGAAAAUUCGAUAUCCACCGUUACAACGGUCGUGUGUCUCUGAUAGCGCCGUUGGACUUUGAGGAGAGGACGUGGUAUACGCUGACUAUUCGAGCUUCGGAUUCAAAGCACCAGAGUGAAGCCAAUCUAACUGUGCUGGUGGGGGAUAUAAAUGAUAAUGCACCUACUUUUACACAAGAUCUGUACCAGGUCACACUUCCAGAGCAUUCCCCAGCAGGCAGUCCUGUGAUCACAGUAACCGCCACUGAUCGAGAUUCAGGAGAAAAUGGAAAAGUCACUUACCGAGUGGUGUCAUCAACGAGGGAGGCGUUUUACAUUGAUCCUAAAAACGGUACACUCUUCAUCAGACAGAGAGCAGAGUUUGACCCUGAGCAGCCUUCUGCGAGUGUAGUUAUUGAAGCUUGUGAUGCAGGGACUCCACCUCUUUCGUCUUCUGCCACAGUCCAAGUUCAACUCAUAGAUGUCAACGAUAAUGCCCCCAUAUUCCACCAGCUGGAGUACAGAGCCACAGUACCCGAAGACCAACUUCCUGGAGCCACCAUCCUUACCUUAGAAGCAGUAGAUGGAGACCUAUCUCAGGAAAACUCUGGCUUUGAUUUUGCAAUCGCUAGCGGGAAUGUCGGAAAUGCUUUCCAGAUUGAAAGCAGCGUCCGUUUCAUAGAAGGUCACGGUUUCCAGACAGUAGGAACCUUGAUACUGGCGGAGCGACUGGAUUUUGAGGCAUUGUCACACUAUAACCUCACCAUCGCCGUCUCGGACCGUGGCAGUCCCCAGCGCAGUUCGAGUGUACCUGCCAUCAUCACGAUCACUGAUGUGAAUGACAACCCGCCUGUCUUCGGCCGAGCUGAGUACGUAGUUGCUUUGAAUGAAGGGGCGGCAGCUGGUACUGAAGUCCUACGUGUGACUGCAACUGAUCCGGAUUCAGCUCCAUACGCAGAGGUCCAGUACAGUAUUAGCUCUGGAGAUGAGAUGAAACUGUUCUCUGUGGAUCAGUGGACUGGAGCAUUGAAGCUUCAAAGACCUCUGGACAGGGAAAGUCGGACCUCUCAUGUGGUUAUAGUACAAGCCUCUGAUCGCCAUGGUCAUUUUGCUCUUGCACCUGUUAGCGUUGAGGUGAAGGAUAUCAAUGACAACAGACCUUAUUUUCCCAUUGCUACUUUAACUGCCAGUAUCCGUGAGAACCAGCCACCCAACUCCGCCGUGACUGUGUUACAUGCCAUCGAUUAUGACACCGGUGUUUAUGGACAGCUUAAAUAUUACAUUAUAGGCCACACUGGGCUUGGAAGAGAUCUUUUCUUGGUUGACCAGAACUCAGGAGAAGUUCGCACCAAGCAGACGUUUGAUUUCGAGAAGGAUAACUCAUUUAACUUCAUCGCUUCAGCUGUGGAUGCAGGGAACAAUUCAGCUACCGUCACAGUGCAGGUUUAUGUUACGGGAGAGGACGAAUAUGACCCGAUUUUCACAUCCUUAGACUUUUCCUUUGAGGUACCAGAGGGAGCCAAUAAAGGUCAGAGCAUUGGAGAGGUACAAGCCAAAGAUGAAGACGGUGGAGUGGAUGGGAUUGUACUGUACUCCUUCCCCAAUAUCUCACCUUAUUUCGACGUGAACAAGACCACUGGCGUGAUCUACCUUAAGAAGGAUGGCUCUGGCAGCUCAAGUGGUGGUAGUCGCUCAAACCGAGAAACACGCUUAAUGACUAUGGAUGUAAAUGCCCACAGCCCCCUCGAUAGCUCAAGAGUCGCCACCGCUCGCCUCACUAUCGACAUCACCAACACAUCCUUCGGUCUGGCAACCGACUUUAACAUUCUGCUUAUAAGCAUAAUCGCUGCCUCACUUGGAGUAAUUGUCCUGUUAGUCAUAAUUGCAGUGACUCUUUAUCUAAUCAGAUCAAGGCGCAAGAAGAAAGGACAGGAUACUGGAAAUAACACUGUAUCUUCGGGCACAGCUUUGCAGAAGUUGGAUGAGGUUAAACCUACAGGGGGAGACAGGAUCUAUCAUCAAGCCCUUCCUGGAUAUGCAGGAGAGGAUGAAAGAACGGGUGGCUCCUACACACGAGGAGGUUCUCUCGAUCCCUCUCACUCCAGCGGUCGGGGAUCAGCCGAAGCAGCAGAGGACGAUGAAAUCCGCAUGAUCAAUGAAUACCCGAGAGUGGCGAGUAUCACGUCCUCCAUGCAAGAGCACAUCUCCGCUCGUGGCCCUGACUCAGGGAUCCAACAGGAUGCAGAUCAACUCUCAGACAUUUCUUGUGAACCUGGACCACUUGAUGCAAGCCAGUGGUUCAAAAGUAAGAAACUGGGAAGUAUCAGUGGGACUCUGCUCUCGGGUCAGCUUCCGGUCUACAGAGAUGAAGGUGGAGGCUACCUCGGAGUAGGAAGAGGGUUAAACAUUUCCCACCCCAAAGAUUACGGUUUCCCCGUGGAUGGCAAACCAUCAGUUGAUGGCUCCCUUACGGCCAUAGUGGCGAGCGAUGAGGAACUGCGAGGCAGCUACAACUGGGACUACCUUCUCAACUGGUGCCCUCAAUUCCAACCUUUAGCAAGUGUUUUUACAGAGAUUGCCAGGCUGAAAGAUGAGAAUCUACCCCCCAACAACCCACGUCGCCCCUUCCAACCCAAAUUAAAAACAGACCCCAAACCAAGAAUUGACCCACCACCCCUCAUUACCUCAGUGGCUCAUCCGGGAGCCAAAUCUGUCCCGCCUAAACCAGCCAAAUCACGGACGUUCCAUAGCUUUGCAUCUCUGAAGCGUUCACCUAUUAGCCACGAGGGCUCCAUUUCAUCGGCGGCCAUGUCUCCUAGUUUCUCCCCUUCACUGUCUCCACUUGCUUCACGGUCUCCAGCAGUUUCCCCCUUUGGUGUCACUCAAGGUCCCUCAGCAUCCAUUAUCAGCACCACCGAGCACUCCCUGGAGAACACAAAUGAAGCAGAAAUGAGGAUUUAAUGCUACAUUAAACUCCAUUUUUUGGAGGUCGUUUUUGUCUUUUGAUAAGACUUAAGUUGCUCUUAGUGUUGUUACAAACUUAAACGGCAGCAUGAAACCAGCUGUCAUGGUGACGCAGGUGUUGAAAUGGUAAAAGUGUUACGCAGAUGAAGAAUACC